UUCGUGGUUGGUUUCCAUAUACAUGCAUAUAUGGUCUCUCUUGUUAUUCUAUCUGUCUGCAGAGGAGAGGGGACAGACAUGACCGGCGGCGGCAACGGAGGUGGUGGUGGCGGCGGCGCGUGCGCCGUUUGCAAGCACCAGCGUCGCAAAUGCGAGCCCAACUGCGAGCUGGCGGCCUACUUCCCGGCACACAGGAUGAACGACUUCCGGGCGUUGCACCUGGUGUUCGGGGUGGCCAACCUCACCAAGCUCAUCAUCAAGGCCAACGCCACCGACGCCGCCCGCCGCCGAGCCGCCGAGACGCUCACCUGGGAGGCGCGCUGGCGGGAGAGAGACCCCGCCGAGGGAUGCUACCGGGAGGUGGCCUGCCUCCGCCGCGACAACGCCCUGCUGCGCGCCGACAACGCCGCCCUGCGGAGGCAGCUCGCUGACCACCACCACCUGCUGCUCUGCUGGUCCAGCACCACCAACAACAUGGCCGCUGGUGGUGGUAAUGGCCAACUGGUGGCCGUGCGACCGCCGCCGCCGUCUCAUGCCCCCGCACCACCUCCGGCAGCCGCCGCCAUGAGAGACCACCCUUCUAUUUCUAGCAGGGACAACAAGAGCAGCAACCCCAGGUGCUAACAACUGGGCACAAAGAGGGUAGGGCAUCAAGGCUUCGUUUUGAAUUCACAAAAAAUAAGACAUGCGGGCUGCAUUUCAAUUUCCCCCCCGUGUGCUGCUCCAGCAGGACACCGGAACAAACAGUUGAUGAGAGACGAACUUCAUCCAUCGAUAUGAUAUGCACGAGGACUGUUGUUACUCCAGUUAUAUGAUCCUAGAAAUUACAUAUCAUGUAUUGACCAGAGACAA